AUGAGGAUAGCCCCAUGUAUUCCGCUCGGAGGACUCGGCGAACUCGAAGAACGAGGCAAGCACGAUAAAUCCCCUCAGGCUGACGCAAGCCAUCACGUCCAACAACCGCUAAAGGGUGACUUGCGUAAACUGAUGAAGCAAUAUGCUUUGCCUGUCCUUGCACCGAGAUCAACGAACAUUGAUUUCGAGGAUGGCCUAGAAGUCACUCAGCAUGCACUUACUGUUUUGGAGAACUUCAAUGCUGCUCUGGCAACCAACAAUGCUGAGGCCUUGGAGAAUUGCUUUUUCACUGAGCAAGCAUUCUGGAAGGAUCAACUCGCACUGACUUGGCAUCUGCGGACAUUCAUCUCCCCGUCCAAGAUUACUUCUGCUCUACUGGAGGUCCAGCAGCAGAGAGACCUCACCAGACUAUUCGAGAUCAGAGGGGAAGCAGACUUCGUACAGGUCGGACCUAACCUAUCGUUCAUCACCUGCGAAUUUAGCUUCCAGACCGCGUCACCAGCUGCCACAUGUAGUGGAAGAAUAUGGCUUCUGCCCAUCGAGACUCCAGACUCUGAGUCAGAUAUUCAAGGUUUGACUUGGAAGAUCUGGAUGCUCAGCACCAAACUCGAUCAUCUGGACGGAUACGCUGAAGAUCAAGCCCUACUUCGCGCUCCUAAAAAAUCGAAAGCUGAAUCUAGCAUAUUUGAAACGGAUGUCUUUAUCGUCGGAGGUGGCAAUGCAGCAGCUGCACUUGCAGCACGCUUGAAAGCUCUAGGUGUAUCAAGCCUCAUGGCUGAUCGAAACGCACACGUUGGGGACAGCUGGGCCUUACGCUACGAAUCCCUGAAAUUCCAUGUUCCUACCUCUUUUUGCGAAUUGCCCUAUAUGGACUAUUCUUCGGAGCUCCGGGAAAGUGUGCUGAAGAAAGACGACCUGGUAGCACACCUUAAGAGGUUUGUACAGAGCUUUGGACUUGAUGUUGUCAACUCCGUCACAAUCACCAACACCACAACAAGCGGAGAUGGGCGAUGGGAAAUAGCGUUCCAGACUCCCGAAGGUACGUAUACAGCCAUUGCCAGACAUUUGGUACAGGCCACAGGCAUCGGCUCACAAGUACCUCAUGCACCAUCAAUUCCAGAGCAGCAAGCGUACAAUGGCAUCGCUAUCCAUUCAUCGCAGUAUAAGAAUGCCGACAAGCUCAAGGAACAAGGUGCCAAGAGUGUCUGUGUCGUUGGCUCGGCGAACACAGCUUUUGACGUGCUCGAAGACUGUUACAAUGCUGGACUUCAAGUCACCAUGAUCGUACGUUCACCUCAGUAUCUGGUACCACUCGGAUAUGUUUGUAACCCACUCGGUCUUGGAGCCUAUAACUUCGGCGUUGAAGCAGCGGAUAGGCUGUUCAUGAUGAUGCCGACGAUUGUCGACAGCCAACUCGCCAAAGGACUGUUCGCGCAAUUGGCUUCGCAGGAACCAGAUCGCUACUCGGCUCUGCGGAAUGUUGGCUUUCCGGUCAUCGACAGCACGGAUCCAGAGGCUUCUCUGGCUCACAACUUGAUUGAACGUGGUGGCGGGCAUUAUGUAGACACAGGUGCUACAGAGCUGUUGGCAGAAGGCAAAGUUGGCUUUCGAGCUGGUGUCGAGCCUCAAGCAUACACAAAGUUUGGCUUGCAUCUCUCAGACGACACGACUCUUGAUGCUGAUGCCGUGAUCUGGUGUACAGGUUUCGCAGACAAAGAUGCCUGCGAGACGGUCGCCGAUAUCAUGAAAAUCCCGUUACCUGUUGAUGCCACAUGGGGCGUUGACGAGGAAGGCGAGAUUCGCGGUAUGUGGAAGCGUCACUCCAAAGUCGAUAACUAUUGGGUCAUGGGUGGAUUCACUCAGCAACAUCGUUGGCAUUCGAAUACUCUCGCUCAGCAAAUUAAAGCAUCGCUUGAGGGAGUACUACCACCUCCUUAUCUUGGUGGAAGUCCGAACCCGACAGACAACAUUUGA